UUGACGCUGGGGGGCUGUUGGGGGUCCUAUCCACACAUUUUGUCUGUGGAUCCAGGGUCAGGUGCCAGUCUCCCUGGGUGCCUAAAUGGGGUUCUGAGAUUACUUAUUGGACCCUCUCCUGGCAAAGAUAACUACAAUAUUAGUGUGUGUGUGUGUGUGUGUGUGAUUUUUCAAAUAUAGGUGAGUCCAGCCUGGCUGGGAGAGUGUUGGUGUUAGAAAGUUAGAAAUCGGGCCCAGAAGCCAACCUUGGUAAUCUAGAUUUGGGAUAGAAAAUCAGAGGGUCUCUGGGCUUAGUUGCUGGUAGGUGGAAACUCUCCUCCUAUCCACAUGCAAGGGUCCCAGGACUAGGGAUGGGCAGAGACCUUUAGAGCAUGGUGGUUAGAGGGUUGCUUUUUGUUUUGUUGAUGUUAAAGAAAUUGAUAUUAUUCUGAUUUGUUCACUAGGGAUGCAAGUAUUCUUCAGACCUAGAGAGAUGAAUGGGGAGUCUGGGUGCAGAAGAGGCUUCUGUGAACCCUUCUCCUCACCCUGUGAAGGCCCUCAGCUUUCACAGUCUAGGACGCAGUUCCCUUCAGCUCCAUCCUCAGUCUCCCAGCUUAGUAAAUUCAGUGGUUACUGGCAGCCUCAGGAAGUCCCUUCAGAAAUUCCAGAUCCCCCAGGUUUCCCAGAUCCCCAUUUUGGUUCCACUGCCAGCAAGCCUAGCAGGUGGCUGAAUGAGCAAGUUUAAACUGAGAGAGCCUGCCCAGAGCUAGGGAGGUGGGGGAAAUGGGGUUCCUCCUCACACUUUACCUAUUAUCCCCCUUUUCUGGCCCCAGGAGGUAUGGGAGGUUGGGAGGGGCCGGAAUAUCAUCUGGCUGCAUGUUUUAUGGUUCCUCAUUGCCCUUCAUUCGGAAAUGAAACGCCUUUGAUCUUUUUCUCAGGUUGUAAACGGAAUUGCCCAUCAUUAAAUAUCCGGGGCCCCAUCUGCUUGGUCUCCCAGCAUUUUUCUUUACAGCUGUUUCUCUCUCUUUUUACCAUUGAAUUUUUCUAAAAGGACUUUUAUGACUCCCCCUUCACACCCAGCCGCCUCUCCCUCUUCCUUUUGCUGAGAGGCGCCUUGGAAAAUAUCUAGAUAUUCGUUUGAUCGAAAACUAAAGGCUGCAAGGAGCACGGAGUUGCCGAUUGGGGUUUUGUUUCUUUUUUUUUAAAAAAAAAAAGUCCUGGGGGGAGGGGAGGGGCGCGAGGGCACCCAGAAGGGCCUGAUUCUGACUACGCCGCAGCCUCAGGAUGACCCUUCCUCCUUUUGUGCUUAGCUAAUGUUUACAUCUCAUAAUUCAUGCGCCGCCGAGUUGCGCAGCGGCCCCGAGGUUCGCGUCCCUUUGCGGGACCGGCAGCUUCUAUUUCUCUCUAAUAGAAGAGGAAGAGAGUUGAAAACCUUGUAAUCCCAGGAAUGGAACCGCAGUGACUUUUCCUGCUCCCAGACCUCAGAACUUGGAACAAAACGAAAUCAAAUCGAAGCACUCAAACUACACCCCCAAAGAAGGACGCGUGGAAAGUAGGAGAACUGGAAAAUUUCUGGGCCAAGAAGAUCUAUCUGUCUUCUGUAUAUACCCUGUAGAUCCGAAUUUGUGUAAGGAAUUUUGUGGUCACAAAUUCGUAUCUAGGGGAAUAUGUAGUUGACAUAAACACUCCGCUCAUUUUUUUCUUCCUGAAGAAAAAAAUAUUUUUUUUUUCCUAAAUGAGGACCAUCCGGUGACUGACCACACGAAGACUCCUUCCUUCUUCUUUCUCUUUCUUUUUCUCCCUCAACUGCUUAGAGAUGGAGGAAUCAUCUACCUGAAAUCUCCCCCUGCCUGCCCUUGGGAGCCUUGGUCCUUUUUCACUUCACUUAAAAGGUUAAUAUUGUUGCUGAUGUUUUUAUUUUAUCCUCUCCCUCCAGCCCACCUAUUCCCUAUUUUGGGCUUAGGGAGGCUUCACUGAAAAUCCGGUAAAAAUGACUUGUCUUCAGUGUGCGAAGGCAAAGGAAAUUUGCUUUUCAAACGGAUGCAGAGGUCGCCUUUCCGUUUGGGUUCAGAACAAGAUGCCCUGGAAACACACGAUUACCAAGGGGUGUUAUUGUGCGGGGAUCACCCCUGUCUCCUAUCCUCAGCAUCACAAGGAUGUGAGAUUUCUGCUCGCUGCGCGGGCGGCCGCAUUAGCGGCAAUUACAACGUCUCGACGCCCGGUUAGCGUUGCUCCGGUGCUUUUGGAAUUAGCAAAUUUCUAUUCAGCGUGCUCUCAAAAGUUGGAGGUUUUUUACUCUAGUGCUCAUGUUUAGUGUGGGAAACCAAGUCGUUUCUCCCGGCUUGGGCCGCGUGGGGUACGGGGAGGAGUGGAUAGGAGGGGGAAACAGACGGACUGACUGACACAGCCAAACUAAUAGCGCAGCUAAAUGCGAUUUGGAAGGCGAGGUCUCCCCGAAUUAGUGCAUGAAUUUCCUAUCGAUCCGCCCGCGGUUCCAUUCAUCUCUGACAAGUCCCUCCGUGCACCCGCCUGGUUGCUCCGAUGCCUCCCCUCUCACUCCCUACCCCUCCCCGUGCGGCUGCAGAGAAAAGGCCCACGCUCAGUGCCUCUCCCCCGUGUGGGUUCCCCUCUCAGGCGGAGCCCCUAGUCCGUCCCUCACUUAACUCCCCCGCACAGACGCCGGGUAAAGGGGCUCCCCCUCGCCACGUCGUGAGGAGGGGCUGGGGCCCUAAGGAAGGCCUGGGGGGAGGUGAGGCAGGACAGGAGGGGCCACAUCCGAAGCCCCAGCUUCUGAGGGGAUCCAGGGAUUGCGCUCCGCCCAGCGCCCCAACAGGCCCUUGGGUGGCAACCUGCUCACUCGCUCUCCAUCUCCCUCCCUCCCUCUCCCCAAUCCGGGUGAGGAGAAGCGAGGAGGCGGUCGCCCCGCAGGAGCCCUAUGUAAAUCCUGGUGUUGGGUGGGGAGGGGGGGGGAAGAGAAGAAGGGGAAAUAAACCUCUUUGGCUGGAGUAGGGUCCGGGUGAGCAGAUUUCCUUAUCCGGGAAUCGCAGGCGGGGCGGCCAUUGGCUCCGAGGAUCACGUGGGCCCCUAACUUUGUUCACUUGACAGUAAGUAGGAGGGCUUUCGGAAACAGGAAAACGAGUCAGGGGUCGGAAUAAAUUUUAGUAUAUUUUGUGGACAAUUCCCAGAAAUUAAUGGCUAUGAGUUCUUUUUUGAUCAACUCAAACUAUGUCGACCCCAAGUUCCCUCCGUGCGAGGAAUAUUCACAGAGCGAUUACCUACCCAGCGACCACUCGCCGGGGUACUACGCCGGCGGCCAGAGGCGAGAGAGCAGCUUCCAGCCGGAGGCGGGCUUCGGGCGGCGCUCCGCGUGCACCGUGCAGCGCUACGCGGCCUGCCGGGACCCUGGGCCCCCGCCGCCUCCGCCGCCGCCCCCGCCGCCCCCGCCACCGCCCGGGCUGUCCCCUCGGGCUCCCGCUCCGCCGCCCUCUGGGGCCCUCCUCCCGGAGCCCGGCCAGCGCUGCGAGGCGGUCAGCAGCAGCCCCCCGCCGCCUCCCUGCGCUCAGAACCCCCUGCACCCCAGCCCGUCCCACUCCGCGUGCAAAGAGCCCAUCGUCUACCCCUGGAUGCGCAAAGUUCACGUGAGCACGGUAAAUCCCAAUUACGCCGGCGGGGAGCCCAAGCGCUCUCGGACCGCCUACACUCGCCAGCAGGUCUUGGAGCUGGAGAAAGAAUUUCACUACAACCGCUACCUGACGCGGCGCCGGAGGGUGGAGAUCGCCCACGCUCUCUGCCUCUCUGAACGCCAGAUUAAGAUUUGGUUCCAGAACCGGCGAAUGAAGUGGAAAAAAGACCACAAGUUGCCCAACACCAAGAUCCGCUCGGGUGGCACCGCAGGCGCAGCCGGAGGGCCCCCUGGCCGGCCCAACGGAGGCCCCCCCGCGCUCUAGUGUCCCCCACGUGGGAGCCGCGAACCUCGGGGCGGGGGUGGGUUGCGAGUGCGGGGGGGGGCGGUUGGGGGAGACGCGGGAGGGGACCCUGAGGCCUGGGUCCGAAAAAGCCUACCUGCUCUCCCCCCACUUUGUCUAUUUACACGAAUAAAUGCAGAGGAGGGGGGAGGGGAAGCUUUAUUUAUAGAAAUGACAAUAUGGAGCCAGGCGAGGCCCCCCAGAAGCAAGGUUCAAGUCUCUUGCUUUCUUCCUUAAAAAAAAGAAGAAGGAAGAAAGAAAAAGACAGAAAGAGAAAUAGGAGGAGGCUGCACUCCUCAUUUUCAGCUUUGGUGAAGAUGGAUCCACGUUUCAUCUUUAAUCACGCCAGGCCCAGGCCCAUCUGUCUUGUUUACUCUGCCGAGGAGAGGACGGGCCUCGGUGGCGACCAUUACCUCGACACCCCGCUAACAAAUGAGGCCCGGCUCGGCCGCCGCCGCCGCCGCCUCUGCUGCUGCCGCUGCUGGAAGACAGUCUGGAUAUUUUUUCUUUGUCCCCAUUCCUGAAACCCAGCGAAAGCAUCCUCUGACUGCCAGAUAGCGCAGUGUUUUGGCCACGGUAACAAACACACGCACACAACCUCUCUCCCCCUCCGUGCCCGUUCACGGGGACGCUGGCGGCUCACCCCCUUCCACUGCGGGGCUGGGGUAGGGACCACAGGAAGGGGACAAGUGGAGGCGGGCGGGGGGAUGCGUGCCUCGGCUACGCAGAAGCAGGGCAGGGAAAUUGAGUCCAAGAGAAGGAGAGGACCCAGAGACCAGGAGGGCCUUCCUCUGGAAGGUCAAGCCGUGCCUGCAGGGGUGAGGGGCCAGUUGCGUUCUGGGAGCCGGGCACAACCCUCUGGCCAAUCUGGAGUUGUACAGUGGAGGCCUGUUCUAGACUGAAAGUGAAUGUGAAACUAGGAAAUAAAAUGCCCUUCCCACCUGGGAGAUGAGGUGACAGAGACCUCUCCCAUAGUUUAUCAUUGUUGCAUUGAUUAUUAUUAUUAUUAAUUAUUUUAUGUCAUGUGCGUCCUCUCUCCUAUGCUCUUUCUGACAUUCCAAACCAGGACCCUUCUUAGUUCUGGGGCUGCCUGAGUCUAGAACCCUUUGUUGGCGUGAAAAUGUGUGUCCUGUACAGAGUGACAAUAGAAAUAAAUGUUUGGUUUCUUGUGACCAGCA